GGCUGCCCUGGGGGCGGUUGCAUUACCGUUGAUGGGAGGAGGCCAAACGAGGGGGCGUUGGGGCCGAGAUCAUGUCUGACAGAGAGGGGCUUCUCGGGCAGCAGAAGCCUAGUGGGCUGGGAUGAAAGAAGCAGGGCAGAUGCAAAACCUGGAGACUGCGGGCGUCGGGCGGUCGGUGAGCACGCAGACUGGCAGUAUGACUGGUCAAGUACCAAGACUUUCUAAAGUCAACCUUUUCACUCUGCUCAGUCUCUGGAUGGAGCUCUUCCCAGCAGUACAAAUCCAAAAGCACAAAUCUCAGAAAAAAGAAGAGGGAGAGCCUGGCUCCACAGGUGAUAAUGAAAAUAUGACCAGAAGACCUACAGACAAAAAACAGGUGAAGAAAACUGGUCUUGUGGUGGUGAAAAACAUGAAAAUUGUUGGUCUCCACUGUUCUAGUGAAGAUUUGCAUGCUGGGCAAAUUGCUCUUAUUAAACAUGGGUCAAAGCUGAAAAACUGUGAUCUUUAUUUUUCCAGAAAACCAUGUUCUGCUUGUUUGAAAAUGAUUGUAAAUGCUGGAGUUAACCGGAUUUCAUACUGGCCCGCGGAUCCAGAAAUAAGUUUGCUUGCUGAAGCUUCUAGUUCUGAAGAUGCCAAGUUAGAUGCCAAAGCAGUGGAAAGAUUGAAGUCCAACAGUCGGGCUCAUGUGUGUGUCUUGCUUCAGCCUGUGGUGUGUGAUAUGGUGCAGUUUGUGGAGGAGACCUCCUAUAAAUGUGACUUUAUUCAAAAAAUUACCAAAACACUGACGGAUGCCAAGAGUGACUUUUAUUCUGAGUGUAAACAAGAAAGAAUAAAAGAAUAUGAAAUGCUAUUUUUGGUUCCAAAUGAAGAGAUGCAUAAGCAGAUACUGAUGACUAUAGGUUUGGAGAACCUGUGCGAAAAUCCGUACUUUAGCAACCUAAGACAGAACAUGAAAGACCUUAUCCUGCUCCUGGCCACAGCAGCUUCCAGUGUGCCCAACUCAAAACACUUUGGAUUUUACUGUAACAGCCCAGCACAGAGGAAUGAGGUUCACAACCAAAGUCUGCCACAAGACAUUGCGCGUCACUGCAUGAUACAGGCCAGGUUAUUGGCCUAUCGAACUGAGGAUCAUAAAACAGGAGUUGGAGCAGUCAUUUGGGCAGAAGGAAAAUCUAGCAGUUGUGACGGGACAGGAGCGCUGUACUUCGUAGGAUGCGGUUAUAAUGCUUUUCCUGUUGGAUCUGAGUAUGCCGACUUCCCCCACAUGGAUGACAAACAGAAAGACAGAGAAAUAAGGAAAUUCCGAUACAUUAUACAUGCGGAACAGAAUGCCUUAACAUUUAGGUGUCAAGAAAUAAAGCCAGAAGAAAGAAGCAUGAUUUUUGUGACAAAAUGUCCGUGUGAUGAAUGUGUACCUUUAAUUAAAGGUGCAGGCAUAAAACAAAUCUAUGCAGGAGAUGUUGAUGUUGGGAAAAAGAAGGCAGAUAUCUCUUACAUGAAGUUUGCAGAACUUGAGGGUGUUAGCAAAUUCACAUGGCAGCGAACUCCAUCCAGAACUUAUGAUCUUGAACAACUUGAACCUGAAAGGAAAGAAAAUGGAAUGUUGAGGUCCAUGCCUCAGAAUGAAGACCAACACCAGCACAAGAAACUGUGUCUUGGAAACCACUAA